AUGCAACAGCCUUGGCUGGUUGCUAGGGACUUUAAUGACUAUGCAAAUCAAAGAGAAAGAAGGAGUUUCUCUGCUAACCACAAUACUAGUAGAACUCAAAAAUUCCUUGAUCGAGUGAAUCACUAUAAUCUCAUUGACUUGGGCAGCUCUAGACCUCGUAUGACGUGGACAAACAAUAGGCAAGGGUUAGCUAACACCAUGGAGAGACUUGACCGAGCACUAUGCAAUGCGAAAUGGAGGACCAUGUUUCCCGAAGCCACAGUUAGAGUUCUCCCUAGAACUUACUCUGAUCACUCCCCUCUUGUUGUCUACACACAAGGUAUGCACACUUUAAACCCUCGUAAUAGGCCUUUCCGAUUCGAGGCCGCUUGGAUGUCUCAUCCUGACCUUAUUAAUGUUAUUAAAUCUUCUUGGCAUAAUAUGAACAAUCACCUCCUUGACUCUACUGCUGACUUUACUAAUAAAGUCACUGAAUGGAAUAAGGAGGUUUUUGGGAGCAUUUUUAAACGCAAAAGGAGACUCCUUGCUAGAAUUGAGGGUACCCAAAAUGCUCUUGCUGAAAAUUUUACCCACAGUCUUCAAAAUCUUGAACACAUGCUUAUUAAGGAUUACAAUGAGAUGUUGUUACAAGAAGAAAUGCUCUGGUUCCAGAAAUCUAGAUCCAAACAUAUCACCUUCGGAGAUAAAAAUACCAAUAUUUUUACUAAAAUAUGUGAAUUGCGCAAGAAGUUGUUUUGCUUAAAGUGUCAUGCAACUCGGGGGACGUAA